AACUGCGGACAGAGUGGGUGGGAGGCGGCAGCCCAGUCCAGCACAAGAGGCGAGCCUCGCUGCCGACCACCACUGCACUGGCUCCCGACGUGUCUGGUUGAUCAGCAGACUGCAAGUUUGGCGAGGUUAUUUUGAGAGAAAAGUUCCUUACUUGGCCCGACACCUGCGACCUUCCAUCAUGUUCUGCAGAGGCUUCAGUUGGUUCACCCGCAUUUUUGUGGCGGUGGUCAUAUUUACUGGCUACAGUCACCCAGUUCCCGUUACAGAAUCCUAUACCGGAGUCACCUUGCAUACUUCAACAACCGACAACUCAGAAUCCCUCACAGUGGGACGAGUUCAUGAGGCUGAGGAGGCCACGGCCGUGGACCUGGGUGCCCUGUUGGACGCCAGGGACGGCGCUGUGGUGACUCUGCUGGCCGGGGACACGCGGCUUGUGGCUCACAGGGCUGUCUUGGCCGCCAGGAGUCCCGUGUUUGCGGACAUGUUCCGUCGCGUCACUGUAGAGGGCAGCAGCAGCCAGCUCGUACUCUCGGACACAGAGGGUCCUGUGCUGCGCCAGGUGCUGGCAUACCUCUACACCCUGCAGGUGCCCCAGCUGCCCAGCAUGGCCCCAAAGCUGCUGGUCGCCGCCGACGUAUACGGCCUGUCGGUACUGAAAGCGCACUGUGAGCAACAGGUGGUCGCCCAGCUGUCUGUCGAGACUGCGGCAGCCGCAGGUGUUAUCGCGAUUAGGCAUUCUGCCAACAGGCUGAAGCAGGCCGCCGUCGCCUUCAUAAAGGCCCACUUGCUCCGUGUGAUGGCGACGCAGGGCUGGGCUGAGGCUGUAGUCAACGACCCACAAGCUGUUGUGGAGUUGACUCACCUGAUUGCAGAGACACCGACAGACACCAGCACGCCAAGCGCUGGAGAGAGCAGGACCGGCCCCUCCUCGCAGCCGCACAGUGGCCACAGCGACGACGGCCGGAGGUCAGCCACAGCUGCGCCCCCCACCUCUCCCCAGACGACUCCCCAGCCUGAUGACGUCGCCAUCUCUCUCCUGCGGGAUCUUUCUGGAGAAGAGAAGGGCAAGAUGCUGAUUGCGGCAGCUAAGGAGGGGUCAGUGAGCAAGGUGCGAACGUUGCUCACAGUGGGGGCGGACCUGAAGGCGAAGGAUGAGAACCAGCAGAACGCACUGCACUGGGCAGCAGCCAGGGGACACGUGGAGGUGGCGAGGCGUCUGCUGGAGGAUGGAGCAGAUGUCAACGCCAGGGACCGCUGGCAGAACACACCUCUGCAUCAGGCUGCAUGGAAAGGCCACGCACCCGUGGUGCGGCUGCUGGCAGCAUCCUCUGCCGACCGCAACGCCAGGGAUCACACUGGGAACACGCCACUGCACGAUGCGGCACGGCGUGGCCACCCAGACGCGGCGACUGCACUACUGGAGGUAGGGGCCGACAGAGAAGUCAGAAAUGACAAUGGGGACACGCCGCUGGACCUAGCCAAGCGGAACAACCACCAGCAGCUCAUAGACAUCCUAGGAUCAAGCUAAAUAUAGUGCAAACGACUCUGGAGUAAAAUAAAAAAAGCCUUCUAUGUGACCUUUGUUACUUAUAAAAUAAAUAAUACAGAAAAGCUUA